AGAGAGAGAGAGAGAGAGCGAGCGGGCGCGCGCCAGGCUCCCCCGAUGGUCUGAGGGGAGCUGGAAGGCGGCGGGCUGCGCCCCACGAGUCUCCCUCCGGACUCGGGGGUGGGAGCAGAUGAGGCCCUGCCUGGGAGAAUGCCCCCCUCUCGCCCUCGGGGCAGCAACUUUCCGGCCGAGAAGCCCCUGCUGGAGCCGGAGCGCUUGCAACUUAAUGCUCCACGAGCAGCUCGCGUCUGCCGCCGUCCCGCAGCCCUCCUCCGUCUCCAUCUUCCUCCCCGGGAAGCUCCCGGCUGCUUCUGGCUCUCCGCGGAGCCGCUUUCCCCGCCAGUCUCGGGGCAGUGCUGGCGCUGAGGGGAAUACCAGCCCGGCAUGCGGCGUCCCCUCACACCAUGAGAGACAGCCGGCGGUGCAGCACCCACGGCACUAGGAGCCCCAGGAGAGGAGAAGCCGCGGGAGAGAGGGUGACUUUGCCCGGCCUUGGCUACGACUGGAAGAGCGACCGCAGCGCCAAGGAAAGUGGCCGAAUCAAGCACGAAAGCGGCGGCGGCGGCGGCAGCGAGAGCCGUCCGCACACCCAGGUGGCCACCGCGGACAGCAGCAGCAUCUGGCGCGUCCUGGCCGCGCGCGCCCCCCUCCCCAAGCACCGGCAUCUCAGAAAAAGCUGCUUAAACAAUCUAAUGGAUGAGGAUGAAAAAGACAGGGCGAAAAGGGCUUCACGCAACAAAUCUGAAAAAAAGAGGCGCGACCAGUUCAAUGUUCUCAUCAAGGAACUCAGCUCAAUGCUUCCAGGAAGUACCCGCAAAAUGGACAAAACGACUGUGCUUGAAAAAGUCAUCAGCUUUCUCCAGAAACACAAUGAAUUCUCAUCACAGGCAGAGAUCUGUGAAGCUCAGCAGGAGUGGAAGCCCUCCUUUCUCAGUAAUGAAGAAUUCACCCAGCUGAUGUUAGAGGCAUUAGAUGGGUUUGUUAUUGGUGUUACAACAGAUGGAAUCAUCAUGUAUGUUUCUGACAGUAUCACAGCUCUUCUUGGACAUCUGCCAUCUGAUGUAGUGGAUAAGAAUUUAUUAAAUUUCCUUCCAGAACAACAGCAUUCAGACAUUUGUAAAAUAUUAUCUUCUCAUAUGCUUAUGGUGGAUUCUGCCUCAUCAAAUUACUUAAAAUCUGACAAUGAUUUAGAAUUUUACUGUCAUUUUCUAAGAGGAAGUCUGAACCCAAAGGAAUUUCCAACAUAUGAAUACAUAAAAUGUGUAGGGAACUUUCUGUCUUACAGUCAUGUGCCUAUAUCCACCUGUAAUGGCUUUGAGGGUGCCAUUCCAAGAGGUUACAGAACUCCAGCAGGAAAACAAGUCUGCUUUGUUGCUACUGUCCGGCUGGCAACACCUCAGUUUUUAAAGGAAAUGUGUGUAGCUGAAGAACCUUUAGAAGAAUUUACUUCGAGACACAGUUUGGAGUGGAAAUUUUUAUUUCUGGAUCACAGAGCACCACCAAUCAUAGGAUACUUGCCUUUUGAAGUGCUGGGUACUUCUGGUUAUGAUUACUAUCAUGUAGAUGACCUACACCUCUUGGCUCGGUGCCAUGAACACCUGAUGCAGUUUGGAAAAGGGAAGUCUUGCUGCUAUCGGUUUCUGACCAAAGGACAGCAGUGGAUCUGGCUGCAAACACAUUACUACAUUACCUACCAUCAGUGGAACUCCAAACCAGAAUUCAUUGUAUGCACACACACAGUAGUGAGUUAUUCAGAUGUUCAAGUGGAAAGGAAACAAGAUUUGAUCUUGAAAGACGGUUCUUCAGAGAUCAUCUCUUCUGUACUGAAGGACAGUGGUUCAGACUUGGAUCCUCAACAGCACUUUAAUACACUUGAGUUAGGUGUACCAGUUCUCAACGCCAGUCGGACACUUUCUGCAUCUUCUGAAAGUUCACACAAAUCUUUGACAACAUCCUUAGCUGACAUAGCAUCCACUACUACAAAGGCCCUCACAGAGGCUCCUUCCUUACAAAGAACCCCCAGGGCGCCCCAGGACUUAGUACAGCGAUCCAGCCAACCUGCGACUGUUCAGAUCUCAGCCCAGUUUAAUAUGUUCCAAACCAUUAAGGACCAGCUUGAACAACGGACUCGUACCCUGCAAGCAAAUAUUCAGUGGCAGCAGGAGGAGCUGCAGAAAAUCCAGCAACAGCUUUGCAUGGUACAGGAGUCCAACAUACAGAUGUUUUUACAGCAGUCUACAGCAUCGCUGAAUUUUGCCAGUCUACAACAGCCAGAUCCUCAGGGGAAGUUGGAGGGGGUCUCUCAGCAGCAGCAAGUUAUUCCAAGGCCUCAUCUUCAAGGACAGGCUGCAAGUUCUCAAACAGCAGACCAGGAAAUAUUAAGAGAAGAAAAUAUCCUAUCAAACCAGGAUCAGAAAUCAGUGAGAACCACACAAGGGAUGCAAGAGAACUGCCAUUCUUCUCGCAGUUUAACUCCACAAUUUAGCAACUCUUCUGUGCUCUCACAAACUGUGAGUCUAGCUCCACCUGCUGAGCUUGUACAGGAUAGCAGCCACCGGCUUAGUACUCCAGACUACAGCCACGACCGACAGCUGAGACUUUUACUCAGUCAGCCUAUUCAGCCAAUGAUGCCUGGUCCCUGUCAUGCAAGGCAGUCAUCAGACAUUGAUGUGGCUUCACAUCAAACUAAGUAUUCUCAAAGCCUACAAGCGUUCCAAAGUUUGGAAGUGGAAGCUUCUGGCAACAGCGCGCCCAUAGUGCUGAUGGAACAAGCAGUAUUACAUCCUGGGUUCUCUGCAGCGCAGCCUUCUCAGGCGUCAUCUCUGCCACCUAUGCAACUGGAGCAUCAACCGCAUCAACAGCAAUGCUACCUUCAGGUGCAGCCUGUAGGCUCUUUGCACAGUGAGCAAGGAGAUUCUCUGAUCUUGCCUUCCUACUCGCCACAGCAAGGGAGCAUUGCCUACCACCAGGUGCAGUUGCAGCAGUCUGCAGUCAGGAGGACCAUCAGUUUGCCAGAAUCUUCAAAUGUGCCACAACGUCUACAGUAGAAUCACAUCAGCACUAUCAGUGCACAGUUAGCUUUAUUUAAUGGCGGCUGGGGUGGGGUGGGGGGGAAUGCUGGCUUUUUGCACAUGUGUUCUUUUCAAAGCUUUGUGAUAAAAAGAGACUGUCAAGUGCAGACUGUGGUGGAUAGUGCAAUAGAAAUGAGCGGGAAUCACUUUGCAGAUGUUUGCACUAUUUUGUGACUGUGUUAUGAACAGUAAUACUAGUCUGUACAAUCACAUGCAAACUGGGGCACAAACUGGUGUGUCUCAGUGGAAGAGUCUUCUUCUGAAUACUUUAACCAGAAAGUACUCUGGCUAUUCCCCAAAAAGUCGACCUAAAUUACUUGGCCUUCACUAUUUUGACUGAAUAUGAAAAGCACUCAUUCAGAGAGAUCUAUUGAAGAAAGAACAAGAGAUUAUUUUAUUAAAUGUAAACUUUAUUAUUUUGCACAACUGCACAAAGAGUGUAACCUAGCACUUUCAAGUAAAGAGAAGUCUGUUCUAGUGGCCAAAACAAGCACUUCCAGUGACCUAGAACAUAACGCCAUUGAUUAAAACAAUGCCCUGCAGUAUAUAGUCCUCUGACCCAUAACCUGAAAGUAUUCAACUGUUACCUUCUUAUUAUUUCUAAUGUUUUAAAGAAAUUACACUGGACAGUUUCUGUUUAUGCAGUGGAUUACAAUUUAUAAACAGCAAGUCUAAGCACAAUCAUGCAGCUAUUGUUUCAGCAUACUUGUCCUGCUCUUUAUACACUUUAAAGAGGGUUUCCUACAAACUGAACAGCCCCUUUCACAGAAUAAGCAUCUGGAAAAAAUAUGCACUGUGUUACAACCCCUUAAAUGGGAAAAUGCUGCAAACUAUUACAUAUCUGUUUCAUUAUGAUCUUUAGGAUUCAAAGAGUUGCACUUUUGUAUGUUUUAUGUUGAUGUUUCUUAAAAAAGAUUUUAUGUAAUUAUAAAAGGUUAGUGUAUUAUAUAGCUGUUGUUAAAAAAAACCCCAACCCAACCUAUUUCUAUAUAAAAUAAAAUUAUAUGGGAUUAUGUGGA